AUGCCGACCGAACCAGAAAAACAUGAUUUGCUUGGAUUCCCAGGUGUUGAGGCGGAAGAUCCCAAAUUGUACAUCCGGAGGCUGUGGCUGGUCGCGGAGGAUGAUCGCAAACCAUUUCCCAAAUUUCUGGACAAAGAUGUUAUCGAACUCAAAAAGUGUAUGGACAAGGUGGUCAAUAAAUUCGCCAAGCACGAGGGUCUGCCCGCUGAGAAGGUGUGUGGCGGCGCCUUUCUCGAGGAGGACGCUUCAUAUAUACUCGACUACCUAGGCUUCGGGUGGCGCAUAUGGAGCAAAGAUAACGGGGCCGAGAUACGACUACAGAGCAAUCUUCCCGGUUCACGCCCUCAGUGGGGCGUUAAGACAGACUCUGGAUAUGAGAUCAAUGACGAAGACAGUAUCCGGUUGAAUCUUCGAUACUGGAUGGCUGCUCUUAUACAAACUAAGAUCAACGCCCCUUGUAAAGAGAAAGGACGCGUUCCUUCGGUGGCGGUGGAGCAAGAAAAACAGCUAUCAUCAGUGUCCACAGCAGUACCUGCAUCACAACCACGCUCGCACCAGUCUGAGCUCGCUCAGCGAAAAGACUCUCAAGAUACAUCCGGUCUCGCGCCGUCCCGCAUAAAACGCCGAGGAAAUCGUUCUGCAGCGAUGGUGGAGGCAGAAACAAAAGCAGCCAGCAACCGAUCCAGGAGUAGAGCACGCUCAGACGACUCAAACGAUUCAGUCGACACCUUCUCUUUUACGAGCUACAUACAUACAGGCUCGGAAGCAGACUUCCCUCAGUCGACAAGCAACGGAUUCAAACGCCGAAGGAUAGACAUUCCACAGGGUCGAUCGCACACUCGGUCUCCUCAACAGAGUCCCGAAUCCAUGUCAACCGCGGGUAUCAAUCUGCCGACCGUCACCACCACCGAUACCACAGCACCAGACGUGGUCGACAACAACGAAAACAACGUUGACGUCCAUGAAGACGGCCUAUCUGGAGCCGAUCAAAUGAAGCGGAAGCUGCAACUUGACCUCAGUCGUUACCUGAAUAAUGAGCCAGAUUUCACUGGCAUACUGCACAAGGUUAUACCGCUUACAAGGAAGCUUUAUGCGAUGAGUCCCCAUCGCAAACCGUACAGUGACUUGGAGGUUGAGUUCAGAAACUUCAACCGGGCAUUGGACCAUUGGGAAAGUCUUAUCAAAACGCGCACGGCUUCCUCUGGUGUCACACCGUCGCCUCGUGAGGAUCCCCUUCAAGAGUUAGCGGCCCAAGGGACCUUUGAAGAUCGUGUAGCUAUGCUUCAUGAUUUGGGACCGAGAUCACACAUAGACUUCCCUUUUGAAGGAUGGACCAUUUCCCUUGCCCUGUUUUUCGAAGGUCUGUUGGGCGAUACUUACAUGCCUUUUCCAUUCAAGGAUCUGGUGGAUCGGUUGAGAGCUGUUAAUCGGCCCUUGUAUGAUACCAUCCGCUGUAGUGAGUAG